GUUGAUGAAGAUUAUCCUGUAUCAGGGUUUUGUGAGGCCAAAGGCUACCCACCUCCAGAAAUAAGAUGGGUAAAAGAACAAGGCAAUAAACUGGUUGCCAGAGGAAAGAAUUUGUUUAUUCCAAAUGCACAGCGCACCGAUAAGGGAAGGUACAGAUGUGUGGCAACUAAUGACUUGGGACAUACAAGUGAAGCGUUCAGGAUUGAUGUGUAUUAUAAACCUGUUAUUAAUAAGACUGCCUCAAGUCAAGACGUCCCAGUGUGGAAGGGGACUACAGCAAAUUUGUCAUGUGUUGCUGACGGCAACCCAGCCCCUCGUUACACCUGGACUAACUCAAGUGGUUUGGUAGCAAGUUCAGAGGAGAGUGGAAUACUGCAGGUAACCCCACUUGAUCCCAAUGGUUUUGGGCCAUACACAUGUACAGUGGAGAACAACAAAGGAAAGGAUUCUUACGAUAUACGUCUGGUGAAAGUUGAUAAACCAAUUGUCACACUUGAACUUGAAGCUUCGUCCACAAACAGUCUUUACUUCAGCUGGUCAUUGUUGUCAGAUGGCAUGAGCAAGUUACAUCUGCAGCACUACACUUUACAGUACCGUACAGAUCAGGACAGCCACUGGUCAACAAAAAGAAUUUCUUCAGAAAAAAGUUCUUUCCUGCUAACUGAUUUACAGCCAUAUACUUGGUAUACUGUCCAAUUGCUUGCAACAAAUUUUCACUUUACCAGUGAUCCAUCUCGUGUCAUAACAAGGACUGGUGAAGCAGCACCUGGACCUCCUGAGAAUGUCAAGGCUUAUGCAGUCAACUGGACAUCUAUUCGUGUGGAGUGGGACCCUCCACAAAAACCUAAUGGAGAAUUGAAAUUAUAUUCAGUCUAUAUCCCAGACAGUCCACACUUUGUUUCUGUUAUGCCAAAUUUUACUGAAGUUAUCAUUGGACAUUUGGAGCCAUACACCAACUACACUGUGAAAGUGAAAGUGAAAAACAGUGCAGGUGAAGAGGAGAGCUCUGCAGUGAUUGUUCAAACAAAACAAUCAGCCCCAAGUAAACCAGGCAAACUUGAGGCAAACGUGACAGGACCUUACAGUGUUCGUUUAAAAUGGAGCAAACCAAAGAGACCAAAUGGUAUAAUUGUCCUAUUCAAAGUGAGAAUGUUCUGGAGGUUCAAGAACAGAAAGGGUGGUUACAAAUAUGAGACUUACACUAUUCCUGCAAAAGUUACUAACAAGAGGAAAAAAAGGAGACUUGCUCGUGAAAUGUCAGACAAAAUUGUAUGGAAGCUAGAUCCUUUUAGAGAAAUUGAGCUAAAAAGAAUACAGCCCUUUGCUAUCAUAUCAGUGCGUGUAUCUGAGGCAACUAGAGACGACCAGGAGGAACCAAUGUGGAGUCCAUUUUCCAGUAACCAGACCAUAGAGACUGAGGAAGGAGCACCAAGCACUCCAACUGAUGUCAAAGUGGAAGAGAAAACAGCUACAUCGAUAUUAGUGACUUGGAAACCACCCGAGUAUCCAAAUGGAAUUAUUCAGGGAUACAGGAUAAUUUACUCUAACAACACAGGGAAAAACUUUAGCACAGCAGAUAUUACAAAAGGGCUGAAUGAUAAAACAUUGUCUUAUCUAUUAACUGAUCUCAAGGAGAAAACAGAGUACAAAGUUUAUGUUCAGGCUUUUACUAGUUAUCCAGGAGAGGUCAGCUCCCCAGUCAUUUACAACAAAAAACCAGGAGAUGUCGCAGAACGUACUGGCGUGGACACAGGAUCAUUGUAUGGUGGAGUAUUUGCUGGAAUAAUAGUCUUGGCUUUUGCCAUCAUCAUUAUUGUUUUAAUUAUAAGAAAACACAGAAGACGUAGAGAUUCCACAGAACUUAAGAACAAUCGCUAUGCCGUGGCCAACUCUAAUGAUAGCGGCAUAGGAGACAAGGAGUCUCUUGACCGUGUGCCUGGGAUCAAAUAUCUUCAAGGGCGACGUGGAUCAGAAGAAAAAUAUUUUCAACAAACACGAUGUAUGCCAGGAGAGAAAGCAUCAAGAAAUUCUGAGGCCUGGAAAAGAUGCACUUUAAGUUCAGAUGUAGUGGGUCCGGGAAAGUUUGUAACAAUCAAACCCAUUCCUAUUGAAAAGCUGAGAGAGUACUGUGAAAUCAAUCAAGCUGAUGGCAAAAAGGCAUUUAGGGAAGAGUUUGUGGGUUACAAUCAUCACUGCAAGUUCAUCGCCACACAAGGUCCUGUCGCUCACACAUUUGGAGACUUCUGGCGAACAGUCUGGGACCAAGGUGUUUGUGUUAUUGUCAUGGUUACAAACAUUGUGGAGGGAGGACGGAUCAAGUGUCUGAAGUAUUGGCCGAGCGCCUGUCCCGAGAUGUACGGGCCUGUCUUGGUCUCUCCGGGUGAUGAAGAAGAACUUGCCGACUAUGUGGUUAGAAAGUUUUCUAUUCAAAUGACGUCAGACACAGCCGAGUAUCGCGCCCGUGAGGUGAUACAAUUCCACUUCACAGCUUGGCCUGAUCAAGGGGUUCCUACUCAUGCAACCUCCUUGCUUGCUUUCCUGAAGAAGGUCCGUGCUUCUGUGCCUGAGGAUUCUGGGCCCAUUUUGACCCACUGCAGUGCUGGUGUAGGACGCACUGGGGCGUACAUUGUACUUGACGCCAUGUUGGACCAAAUUGAUGCUGAAGGGGUAGUAGACAUCUAUGGUUUUGUCUGUCAUAUCCGUCAACAGAGGAGCUCCAUGGUGCAGACAGAGGCCCAGUACGUAUUCAUCCAUGACGCUCUUAUGGAGUAUGUCACAUGUGGAAGCACAGAAUUUGCUGUGCGUGACCUGCCAGAGAGGUUGCGUGUCCUGAACACCAUAGAUCCAGACAGUGGAGAUUCUCUUCUAGUGGCGCAAUUCAAGAACCUUGGCCUCGGUGACUCAGAUUACGACUCGUUCAUCAGCGCCUCUCAACCUGAGAAUAAAACCAAGAACAGAUUUGCUAUUCUCCCAUUUGAUCGGUCAAGAGUAAAACUGUGGCCUUUCACGGGUAUGGUGGGGUCCGAUUACAUUAACGCAAGUUUUGUAGACAGUUUCCAACAACGCGAGGCAUUUAUUGCCACCCAGGCCCCGUUGGAUACCACGGUUGUGGAUUUCUGGCGAAUGACCUGGGAAUAUGAAGCUUAUUGCAUUGUGAUGUUGUGCACACAGAGCGAAAGAGAAGAGGAACUUUGUGCUUCUUACUUGCCUCACAAAGAGGAAUUCACCGUCUAUGGUUUGUUGAUGAUCGAGGUCGAAGCGGAAGAUCUUAGAAAUGGUUUCUGCAGAAGGCAACUGAAGAUUACGAACACAAAGAGCGGUGAAGUUCGUACCCAUUAUCAUUUUCAUUUCACGGACUGGGCCGAGCGCUCCAUUCCUCUCAAUGGUGUCGGGCUUCUUGACAUGAUGAAAUGUAUCACAAGGGUGCAGCAGCAGACAGGCAAUGGACCAAUAGUCGUCCACUGCAGCGAUGGAAGCGGUCGCACUGGCACUUUUUGCGCUAUUAAUAUAGCACUGGAGCGGGUCAAACUAGAUGGUUCAGUAGACAUGUUUCAGACCGUACGGCGCCUGCGUACUCAGAGACCUCUAAUGGUUCAGACAGCG